CGCAAUAACCAUCCGGAGGAGAGAGAGAGACGGAGAGGAGCGAGAGACUAGAGGACGCGGAGGUUUGAGAGAGAGAGAGAGAGACUAACUGAUAUAGGUUUAUAUAGAGAGACGGUGGAAAGCAGAGAAAGAGGUUUAAAACCUAACCUGCGGUAGAGAGAGAGAGAGAGAGCGUAGGAUUGUUAUUAUGGGAGUUCUCCAAAUCUGAAUGGAAAGCUUAGUCCUCGCCGUAUUCACUUGGUCCUCGAUCCGCCGCGAGUCGUCUGUAUCACCGCCGGCUGAGCUUCUUUUCAGGUAGAUCAUUGACAUCACCGUAGAAGGAACUUGUAUUCGUCUAGAGAAUGGUAGACUUUUGAGACCUGUUUCCCCUGAGUAGUGACUUAGAAGAAAACUCGUAGAGAAAGUGUGAUCUUGAGUGUAGAGAGGGAAAGAGAGAAAGGAUGGGAAGUCCAGGAUCAGGUGCGGCGGAUUGCACGGUUGGUUCGAUUGUGUGGGUGAGGAGGAGGAACGGCUCGUGGUGGCCUGGGAAGAUACUAGGACAGGAUGAUCUUGACUCUACGCAUAUCACCUCUCCACGAUCUGGAACUCCGGUGAAGCUUCUGGGGAGAGAGGAUGCAAGUGUGGAUUGGUACAACUUAGAGAAAUCCAAGCGGGUGAAGCCGUUUCGGUGCGGCGAUUUUGAUGACUGCAUUGAGAAGGUAGAGACUUCGCAGGGGUUGACGAUAAGAAAGAGAGAGAAGUAUGCUCGUAGAGAAGAUGCGAUUCUCCAUGCUCUUGAGCUUGAGAAGGAGAUUCUGAAGAAGGAAGUGAAACUAGAAACUGUUGGCAGGCCUAGGGAUAGGGCUAGGGGUGACUCUCCUGAUGCAGCCAAGGAGAGAAUGGUUGUGUCUAGGGGGGUUCGUGAUAUCUCUAAUGGGACACGAGAGUCCACUGGUGGUCUAGGGCGUAACCAUGUUGGUGAUGUUGUGCAUUUGCGCAAAGAUAAAGAGGAAGACCAGACGAGAUUUGAGGAAGCGGCACAGCCGCGAAUGAGAGGCUUGCAGGACUUUGGGCUGAGAACCGCCUCUUCAAAGCGAAAGUUUUCGUCAUCCAAUGGUCCUGAUACUUCCUUCAAGUCUCUGGCCAGAAGCAACUCUUCAGCUUCUUCUAGUGGAGAUCAUAGCAUGGAGAGACCUAGUUUUACCCUCGGAAAGGAGAAGACUAGGAAUUCGAUGGAGGCUAAAAGGACUAAAUACAUGUUUGCACCAAAUGAAUCUAAUGAUGUUUUAGGUCUUCAUGAGAGUUUGCUAAGCCACAGGCAGGCAAUGCAUUCCUCCUUUGCUGGUGACCAUUCUCGUUAUUCGCUUUCAGAGUAUGACCCUCCUGAUUUCUUGGAAGAUAUUGAAUCUGUUUCUUCUGAAUCCGAAACUGAUUCUUCUGAUAUGGAGGAGGAUACUGAUGAUGACAUUCCCUUGCUGUCAGGAGCUGGGCGUCAUUCAGAGCAACGCAAUACUUUUAGUAGACAUAUGUCAGCAGAAGAUGAAAGCACCAGCAGUGAGGAAGACUGUUAUGAGUCAUCCAUUUCUGGCGACUCUUCUCACCUUUAUUCCCAAGAUCCUGAUAAUGAAGAUGGUACAGUUUCCAAGUGGCAGCUCAAGGGAAAAAGAAACAUGCGCAAUCUUCCAAGAAGGUCUGCGCGUAAGAGGGAAAUGCACCGCAAUCGUCUGGAAGAUGGAAGAUAUUCUGAAUAUAAGAGAAGGGCAUUUGCCUAUGGAUUAGAUUCUAGUGGGACAAAUGACAUGAGCGAUGGAACUGAUGACACUGAUCCCAACGAGAGACAGUUCAGGGACAGAAUGAUUGGACCAGGUGAUGAUGAGUAUCGGCUCUCAACUAUGGUUGCAUCCGGAUUUAAGAACAUCUACAGCCAUGACAUGCUGGACUGGGAUGAUGAUCCUUGGGAAGGCCAGAUUGGUAAAAAGAAGCGAUGGGAGGAAAAAUUUGAAGGUUCAGGUCAGGAGUUCCAUGCUUCUCAUCGACAUUCUAGAAGAACUAUGUAUUCUCCAUUGAUGGAUGUGGAAUUAGAAGUACGAGGAAGCUACCAGAAAGGGCCUGUCCCAAUUGUCUCCCUGAUGAGUAAGUUAAACAGCAGAGCGAUAAUUGGACAUCCAGUGGAAGUGGAAGUCUUAGCAGAUGGUUCCUCUGAGUCAUAUAUACAGAGAACUGAGUACUUCGGUAAUGAAACAACAUACCAUGACAAACCCUUUCUACUACCCCAGGCUUGGAAGACUGCAAGAAGGAGUAGCUCACGCGUUCCACGGCUGCAUCCAUUAUCACCAUCACUCGAAGCCGAUGCUGGUGAUCAUUCUCCGUCAGGUCAGGGAAGAAAACCGUUUUUUAAGAAACUUGGUUCGGGAAACUUUAAUAAUGAUGAUAACUCGCUGAGGAGAAGCAACCUAAUGCACAUUCCACGACCACCUGGAGAGAGAAAACAACAGCAAAAGAAGCUGCUGAAGAACACAAACGCAACCCCUAGUCAGAAGACGAGGGCACUGUCAUCAUUUGGCAGUGAACAAGCACACAACGGGACAAAGGCGAUGGGGGAUGGGACUCGCGAGCUAUCUAACAGACGUGUAUUACCUGGACCACCAACCGUGGCCUGCAUACCAGUCAAACUAGUUUUUAGCAGAUUACUGGAGAAAAUAAAUAGACCGCUGUCAAAGCCACAGUGAAAGCCUUUUAUAAGAGAAGGAGUAAUCAAUAACAAGAGCUCUGUACUCUAAGCCUAAACGAGAUUUACAGGUACAAAACAUAUAACCAUGUCUUGUGUCUGGUUUUCGUAGAAUGGGAGUCACGUUAGGGCAUCAAAGUUCUGGGGUGAUGGGUCUUUUUGAGUAACCAUCAGGCUUUGUUUAUGUACUCUGUGAGGAAAAGUUAGUCGUAGGGAGAACAAUUUACGUAGAGACUCUGGUUACUUAUUGGUACAGAUGAGGUGGAGAGUUAGAACAAUGAUACAACUGGUUCGUUUUGUAUAUUUAUUUAUCACUCUCUUGAGAAAGCUGUCUCUUUGAUUUA